CGGACUGUUACCGAGGCUCCUGACGGCGGAGGGAGGGACACGCAGUCCUGAGAUGCUCCUUUAUGAGGAGCAAAGCAAUACAUCAGCGACUCCAAUGCGGUGGCCAAUGUUUCUAAUUCGGUUUCUGCGUCCGCUUCCCGCAGGAUGCUGUUUGGUUAAAAAUGCGCAUAUGAAAUAAUCGUGGGUGGGAUCCCUUCUGCGUUGGCCACUGGAUCUAUUGGCGUUAAAACGUUUGAAGAAACGCUGGAAAACUGAUCUGUAUGCCGAGCAAACUGGAUUGGAGAUUUCUGAAUAGACGCUUUGUGCGUUGCGUCUUUUUUCACUUCUUCUGAGGGGAUUGUAUCCGCGUUCUCCUCAAAUGGUAUUAUUUUCGUGUCUAUCCACUAAAUACGGCCAUAUCGCACUGUUUUUACCUCACAGUGCCAUGUUUUAGCCUAUCUGAGGCGAUCCGACGCGAGGCGAAAAGUCUGACUGGACCUCCUUCAGAAGUAAACCAUCAACAUUUCUGGAUUCUUCGACGUUUUUUAAUCUAACUGUGUUUUGGAAGCUGUAAUUCACGUUUUGGAUUAAAUAUAUGCUGAAACUGUAAAUAUGUUUCGGGAUUUCAAAAGACCGCUUGAAUCGAGUGAAGAACCGUUAAGAAGCACCGUUAAAUAUUUCGCGGCAUAUUAGGAUUCAAAUUCCUGGUCCAUAUUCGUACGUUUAUCGUUUUGUACGCAUCAUACAAUACAGUGAGCAUAUUGUUUCGAGACUCUGGACCCAGAGGAGGUGAUUUAGACAUCAUCCAUCUGAAGAUUAAGGACAUUUCUGUGCUGCUCUGAACUUGAGGCGUUUGGAUGCUCCAGUACGGAGGUGGCAUCACUCCAGUUACCCAGAAGCCCUUGUAAAGACGAGAGAUGCCCUUUUGAGAUGACCGACACUGGAACAAACUUCAUAUCUGUGAUACACACUAGUCACCGUGCACGUGAUGUCAUCGUUAUCUCUGGCCUGUGAUUGGAUGUUGGUUUUGGUCGUGCUGACAGAAAUCAGCUGCGUUUCUUCGGGAAAUCUCUUCGGGGCCUAGACGACGACGAAGGUGAAAACAAUGAAUAAGCUGUCAAAGGUGUAGGAAGCUGAUGAAUCAUGGAGAGGCUGGUGUUUUACGUGCUGGUGUUCGGCGCGCUGGUGAAGGCUCAGCAUUGUCCGGGUCGCUGCAUCUGUCAGACCAUCUCGCCCACGCUCACGCUCCUCUGCGCUAAAACCGGCCUGCUCUUCGUGCCGCCCACCAUCGACCGCAAGACAGUCGAGCUCCGUCUGACCGACAACUUCAUCACCGCCGUGCGCCGAAAAGACUUUGUCAACAUGACGAGCCUAGUGCACCUCACUCUGUCCCGUAACACCAUCAGUCAGAUCGCGCCGCACGCUUUUGUGGGUCUGAAGUCUUUGAGAGCGCUGCACAUGGACGGUAACCGGCUAACGGUCAUCAACAGUGACCAGCUGAAGGGUCUGAUCAACCUGAGACACCUGAUCCUUGGCAAUAACCAGAUUCACCACAUCGAACCGUCCACCUUCGACGAGUUCGUCUCCACCAUCGAGGACCUGGAUUUGUCCUACAACAACCUGAGGACGUUACCUUGGGAAGCCAUCGCCAGGAUGACCACCAUCAACACCUUAACGCUGGACCACAAUCUGAUCGACCACAUCGACCCCGGGACCUUCACGCUCCUCACCAAACUUGUGCGGCUGGACAUGACGUCCAACCGUCUUCAGACGCUUCCGCCGGACGCACUGUUCCAGCAGGCGCAGGUGCAGUCCGAGCCCAGAGCGACCGGCUCGUCCCGACUGACGGUGAGCUUCGGAGGAAACCCGCUGCACUGUAACUGUGAGCUGCUCUGGCUGCGUCGCCUGACGAGGGAAGACGACCUGGAGACCUGCGCUUCUCCUCAACUCCUGAUGGACAAGUACUUCUGGUCCAUUCAAGAGGAGGAGUUCAUCUGUGAGCCGCCGCUCAUCACCAAACACCAGGUCACCAAACCCUACGUGAUGGAGGGUCAGGGCGUGACUCUCAAGUGUAAGGCGAUGGGUGACCCCGAUCCCACCAUUCACUGGCGCUUUCCCGACGGCAAACUGGUGCACAAUAACUCUCGCACGAUCCUGUACGACAACGGCACGCUGGACAUCCUGAUCACCACACUGAAGGACAGCGGCGCCUUCAACUGUGUGGCCUCCAACGCGGCCGGCAUCGCCACCGCAGCCGUGGAAGUCAACAUGAUCCCGCUGCCGCUCUUCGUCAACAACUCGGGUCACAUGAGGGAGGCCGACCCGGGGCUCUCCGACAUCACCACCUCCACCAAAUCCGGCAGCAACGACACCAAACCACAGAACAAGAGGGUGCUGGUGGAAAACCUGACCGCAAACUCAGCCGUCAUCCACUGGCCGUCCGAACGCCACAUUCCCGGGAUCAGAAUGUACCAGAUCCAGUACAACAGCACCGUCGACGACACCCUGGUGUACAGGAUGAUUCCGUCCGUCAGUAAGACGUUCAGGAUCAACGAUCUGGCGGCGGGCCGUGAGUACGAGCUGUGUGUGUUGGCGGUGUAUGACGACGGCAUCACGUCUCUGACGGCCACACGCGUGGUGGGCUGUGUUCAGUUCCACACGGGCGCAGAGGCGGGUCAGUGCCGCUUCAUCCCCACACAGUUCCUCGGCGGCACCAUGAUCAUCAUCAUCGGCGGCAUCAUCGUGGCCUCCGUCCUCGUCUUCAUCAUCAUCCUCAUGAUCCGCUACAAGACUUACGGCGGGGUCGACACGGCCAAAGCCAAAGCGCAAGGAGACGCCGGUGUACAGGUGCACUCACAGACCAACGGGAGUCACCCGGGAUGCUCCGGCUCGAAGCAGGAAGAGUAUCCCGAGUCUCCCGGCGGGAAAGACUGCAAGGCCCUGGUGCUCCUGAAGAUGGAAGAAACGCAAGAGGAGCUCAAAGUCGAGCUGCCGUCUGAGAUAGCGCCGCCGGUGUCGUCUCGGAGAGCCAGUCUGGGCGACGAAACGCAGACGGACAGCAGCCUGACGGGUUCCACCAUGUCCUUGUGUCUGAUCGGGUCCGGGACCAACCCGGACGAGCCCCCUCGGAAGGGGCCACUGGCCAACAUAGGGCUCCUGCCCAGCGAACUGGCUCGGACUCGGCAUCGCUUCUCCUUCGACGGAGACUAUGCUCUAUUCCAGAGCAACAGUUACCCUCGCCGGGCUCGAACCCGCCGGCACAAAUCCACCACCCAGCUCAACACAGACGUGUCACCGCCCUGCAGCCGGAGGGUGACGUUCAGCAGCACAGAGUGGAUGUUGGAGAGCACAGUGUGACGGACUGAAGCACACACACACAUGGACUGUCCACAUAUUGACGUUGUUGCAGUAACACACACUCCGUUGAUUCCUGUGUUUAACACGUAUCAAACAUGACACAGCAAACCUAGUGAGCUGCCUACUUCAACAGUGUCUAAAGAUGCAUCAAACUGAUCAAAAGUGAUGCUAUAGAUAUUUAUAAUAAACGCUGAAAAAUAAAAUGUAACAACUGUUUUCAUAUUCAGAAAUGUUUCUUGAGAAUAUACAACGCUAUCUCACGACCAAUUUAUACGUAUUUUACGAGGUGGCAUAUUCGUACGAAUUUGUACGACCUCACUCGUACGAUUUUAUACGACCCCAGUGACGGUUAGGUUUAGGGGCGGGUUUAGGUGUAGGUCAUUCCUACAAAAUCAUACGAAUUGUGCAACUCGUAAAAUACGUACGAUUUGGCAACAGUAAUAGAGUGUGGUCCUACAAAUUCGUACGAAUAAGCCACCUUGUGAAAAAUGUACGAAUUGCUGUGAGAUCGGGUUGGAAUAUAAGAAUGAUUUCUGAAGAUCAUGUGACACUGAAGACUGGAGGAAUGAUGCUGAAAAUACAGCUGCGCAACAAAAUAAAUUAUAGUUUAACAUAGAUUAACAUAGAAAAUUGCUACUUAAGAUAGCAAUAAUAUGUAAAAAUUUUCACUGAAUUUUUGAUUAGAUUAAUGCAGCCUUGCUGAGCAGAAAAACACUUAAUUCAGACACUUCGACCCCAAAUGUUUGAACACUAGCGUGUAGUUUUUGUUCCAAGUUGUUCUCAAGUGGUUUUACAUUAGAUUUUACAUUAAAAAGUAAAGACUCAAUAUUUAUUUUUAUGUUCAUGCACCAACAUUUUUAAUCAUGCAAAACUGAUUCAAAAUUGAUAGUUCAGGUUAAUUUACAUCAAAACAUUUUUUUGCUUAAUUUUUUGUCAUUUAUGAACAGUUUUAGUUUUUGAUCUUGUACUUUUAAGCUUUUCACCUAAUAUUUUAUAUUUUAUUUUAUUUCAGCUUUAGGUUAGCUUUAGUUUUCUAUAAUUAUUAUGCAAUUUUAAUUUCAGUUAGCAAACAAAAUUGAUUAGUUAAAAAUGUUCACCACCUAAUAUUUAUAUUUGUAUUUUAUCACAGCUACAUUUCAAUUAACAAAAUGUUUUGUUGUUGUUGUUUUUUUAGUAUAUACUGUAUAAAGCAAAGGAUUAUGGCAAAAUUACAUCAAAAUCAGAUGAAUUUCUAUCUUGAGUUGACCUUAAACUAACAUCAGCAUCAACAACAAAAGAUGUGAAACGUGUUGCCUCCUCCCUACUUCCACAAUACUUUCACAAUCUGUUUUUCACUAUCCUAACGAUUUGUGAUUAGAUGCAUUGUAUAACUCACUUUUUUCGGACACGAUGCACCAUUUAAGAACCACUGUAUUGUUCACCUGCAACAUCCAAUCAGUGUGAUAUGAGGAGUUCAGAGUGUUUCAAAUCAAUCAUGGUUCAGAUGCUGCAUGAGAAGGCGGCUCCCUAGGUAGGCAGCUCACUAGGGUUUGAAACCGAGCUCAUGUAGUGUGGUUUUCGAGAGCACAUUCUGACCCGUCCUGCCUCCUCCUGCGGUCCUAAAGAGAGUCCGUAACGCAGCGGUGCCUUAUCUAACGACCAACCCACGGAGGAUGCUGCUAGCUAAAAAACACACCCGUCCCGUCUGCACAGCUCUCUUUCGUUAGUCUCUUUGUUUACUAUGUGAUGCCAAGGGCGCGGAAGCAGGAGGAAGUGAUGCUACGCUGUGUGUGAAUGUGUAUAUGUCCAAUUUCAAAGACUUUUGCACAGAAGACACGAGAUAUAUACGGAUACGUAUCGCACCAGUCUAUACAACAAUGAAAAACGAUUGCGAAACAGAUCUAUACAAAUAACAUUCACUUUUUCAGGAAGAACGGACGAGGUUUUCUACAAUACGAGGACGAUUCGCGGAAGUAUGGACUUCUUUCUGAAUGUGACUGUAUCCAAAAAAUCGUUUUUGUAUCUGGCUGGUCUAGAUAAAAUAUAAUGAUUAAAAAAAAGAAAAGAAAUAAGACCAAUAUCGACAGCAACGACAAAUACAUAUAUAAGUAUAUUAAAAUCUCUCGGUGUAUGUGUUCUGAAUAUGUAAGUCAUAGGUGACAUGACUUUUUACGAAACAUUUUGGAGUGCUGGCUAAGGUUUUUACAUUAAAAACCACUGUCAUCACUGAUGCCCACGUUUAGCGUAAUAAAGUUUGGACCAUUCAUGCCUCACGAAAAGGGGAAUAAAUCUUUUGUGGGUUGACUGUA